AUAUUACAGGAAACUCCAUAAAAUAUGGCACCAACAACCUUCAACUCGGUCCCAACUCAUAUAAAUCCGUAUUCUUCUUCAUCAAAAUUUUCAUCAUCUUCUUCAUUUCUUUGUCACAAAAACACUCAUCAAAUUCAAGAAUCAUCACCAUGUCUCAGUCUUUCCGAUCAAGAACUACACCCACAACCACAACCCAGCCAGAAAAACUAUCAGUUGAAGUACCAUUACUUGAUGCGCCGGAAACUCCAAAAUCUCCACCGCCGCCGCCAACUCUAACCCAACAAGCCAUCUCACAAACCCUAACCACCACAGCAAACCUAGCAAAUCUUCUCCCAACCGGAACGCUUCUAGCAUUCAAUCUCCUAACUCCAAUCUUCACCAACAACGGCGCAUGCAACUCGGCCACCGCUCCUCUAACCCUAUCUCUCCUCGCUCUCCUUGCAAUCUCCUGCUUUCUCCAUUCUUUCACCGACAGCGUGUCGUCUUCUGACGGAAAAGGAGUGUACUACGGAAUCGCGACGCUGAACGGGAUGUUUCUGUUCGAUUGUCCGGACUGUGAAGCGUGUGCGGGGUUGAAAGAUCUGAGGAAGUAUAGAAUUAGGGUUCUUGACGUAGUGCAUGGUGUUUUGAGUGUGUUGGUGUUCGGGGCUUUUGCUUUGAAGGAUAAAAAUGUGUUGAACUGUUUUUAUCCGAUGCCUAUACGUGAAAUUGCAGAGGUUUUGAAUAUUCUUCCGAUUGGAGUUGGGGUUAUUUGUAGUUUGUUGUUUACUGUUUUUCCUACUACACGACAUGGGAUUGGUUAUCCUGUUACUCCUGCCAAAUAAUUUAGUAUAUUGGUUAUUGAUUCUGGAAGAUCAUUGUAUGGUAUUGUAUUUUUCUUGUAUUAACAUUGAUUUGUUUCAUUAUUUUAAUCAUUGAAAAAAAUUCGAUUUUGGUUGAUAA